AUGGUUACAUUUGAUCUAAGCAUCAUUGAAUUCACUGAUACAGAUGGUCAAGAGCAAUUUUCAGUAGUUCUCAAUGGGAAUGAGAUGAUGUAUGUGGAUUUCCAAAGGAAGGAGAUUGUCCGCACAAUGCCACCAUCUUUUGACCCUCUAAUUGACUAUGAGAAAUACUUUGGACCAAUAUAUGAAAUCGCUUCCAUUCGGAUGAUCUAUUUCAAAUCUAAUAUGGAUUACAUGAAACAGGUUUUUAAUGAUCCAUUACCUGCUCAAGAAGCCCAAAGUGCUGUCGGAAGUGCUGUCUACCCAAAAAAUGAUGUUCAGCUGGGAUCUGACAACACUCUCAUCUGCCUCGUGACUGGAUUCUACCCACCUCGAGUCACAGUGAGGUGGACCAAGAACAUGAAGAAUGUGACCAGAGGUGUGACGCUGAGUCGGUACUACAUGAAUAGAGAUGGCUCCUUCAAAAUGUUCUCCAGCCUGCAAUUCACUCCCCAGGAGGGAGACAUGUACACCUGCACUGUGGAGCACGAGACACUGGAUGAACCCUUGACAAGAUACUGGGAUGUUGAAGUGUCUGAGCCCAGUCUUGGUCCAUCAGUGUUCUGUGGGGUGGGUCUGACUCUGGGGCUGCUGGGAGUGGCUACCGGAACAUUCUUUCUCAUCAAGGGAAACCAGUACAACCUGAGGCCAGAGGUAUGACCAUAACUAAAGCAGCAUGUUUACCAAAUGCUCUUUAAUGUAGAUGUGUGUAAUUCUUUUUUUAUUUUUUUUAUUUCAGACAAUUAAUCUUGGGGGCUGAAGUCUGU